AGGUCUUUCCCCAAUCGGACUAUAAUUAUUGAGGAAAAAAUUAUAAUAUUCUGAAAUGUUCUUUAAAUUUUCAAUUUCUUUAGAGUUGUGCUAAUUAUGAAUAACAUAGAACUAGAUAUAUGGCGAGGAGAAUGGGGCCUUGCCUCUAUAGAUAUAGAAUGCCUUAAAGUUUUAACGUACAUGAAAUUUAUUGGUGUACCUGUGCGAGUUCGAGAAGUAAGCAAUCCAUUCUUCACACCAAAAGGAACAUUGCCUGUUCUGCGAGACGGUAGAAAAGCUCUGACGAAUUUCGAAGAAGUUGUAACAUAUUUAAAAUCUUUAGAUUAUAGCACAGAUGUUCAUUUAAAUACAAAGCAAGCAGCAGAAGCAAGCGCCUUCACACAACACAUUAGGGAGAAGCUUUAUCCUGCUUACCAGUUUGCAUGGUGGGUUGAUGAAAAGAACUAUGCAGAUCUUACAAGACCAACAUAUGCUAAGGCACUUCAGAUUCCUUUUAAUUUCUAUUAUCCAUCUAAAUAUCAAAAGGCAGCAAAAGAAAUGAUUGAUGCACUAUAUGGAGAGCAUACAGAUUUGAGGGAAAUUGAGAAAACUGUCUAUAGUGAAGCUGAAAAAUGCCUUAAAACACUGUCAGAUCGGCUUGGUGAAAGUGAAUAUUUCUUUGGCAAUCGUCCAUCAUCAUUUGAUGCAACUGUGUUUGCAUACCUGGCACCCUUAUAUAAGGCACCUUUUCCAAAUGGGACACUGGCAAGCCAUGUGAAGGGCAUUGCCAACCUUACAAGAUUUGUUGCAAGAAUAAAUCAGAAGAAUUUUAGGCAUGUCACUGAUGAAUACAACAAACAAAAUGCAACGAAACAGUCAACAGGGACCCAAUCUGAUCGAGAAGCUGCCAAUUUUCCUAAUCAGACUCGAAAUAAAAUACUAGCUGCCAUAUUUGCUGGUAUUGCCAUGACUGGGUAUGCUGUUGCUAAUGGCAUGUUUCAGGAUUUGAAAGAGUUUGAGCAUACGCAAGACUACAGCGAUAUGUUUGAGAAUGAAGCGGACGACAACUGACAGGCUGUCCUUGUCGCAGAGUGGUGUACCCGUAGACAUUUAUUAUAUUAUUUCAUUACACAUUUCAUCUCUCCUUGUAAGUCUCCAAAUUGCGAGGAGAACAUUUUAGUUAUUUUUAAUUUCGUCUUAAUAUUAUUUUCGUUGAUUCAAUUAUUUCGUUCUAUAUUAGCAGUUUUUAAUUGUUUAUGAUUUUGCAUUUACAUAUUAGAUGCUGUUUAUGUUAGAGAAUUAUUAUUGUUAUCAUAUAACAUGCGGAAACUUUUGUUUUAUUUACUAGCCAUUCCAAUUCUAUUUUAUUAAUCUCAAUCGUACGAUGAAGUUUAAUUCAACUCAAAGAAUUGCCCAAACGUUUAGAGAAAUUAUGGUGUUCUUUCCAUUGCUUUUUAUUAGUUAAAGAGAAAAGCACUUUGGAGCUAAAAUUUACACUGUUAACAUGUUUAUUGUUCCUAGAAAUAUAUAUUUUAAUGUCAGUAGGUAAAUAUCAUUUGUUUAUAUUCAAUACAACAAAUUGUUCAUUGCAAGGAACAAAACAGACUGGCUAAGUGCAUUUAUAUUAAAAGGAAUAAUAUAUGUAACGCUAUUUGGAAUAGUAAAUAGAAGGGAUGCAAUUUGAAGAGCGUACUAGUUAUUAUAGAAUAUGUCUAUCACUGAAUUUGACCAAAGGUUCUUAAUUAUGGGAAGAAUAGUAAAGGAAUAGGCUUCAAUCGAUGCUUGUGAGUAGUAUGUAGAAUGCGAUUGUGUUUGAGCUGAAGAAAGAAUUUGUUUUUGAGUGAAUAAAAUAUUGUUUGUUGA